AUGGCAAGUAAACCAAAACUAAUUGUUUUCGAUUUAGACUACACUCUCUGGCCAUUUUAUGUCGACUGUCAUUUUACUCCACCUUUUAGACGAUCAAAUCACGGUGAAGUAGUAGACAGUCGUCAUAGAAGUGUACAAUACUAUAAAGAAGUUCCGGCAGUUCUUCAGGAAUUACAUUCGUCUGGUUAUAAAUUAGCAAUAGCUUCUCGAACCGCAGAAACCGAGGGUGCAAAUCAGUUAAUACGUUUAUUUGACUGGGACAAAUUUUUUUCGUACAAAGAAAUUUAUCCGGGAUGCAAGAAAACACAUUUUAGUAAAUUUCACGAAAAAUCUGGAAUUGAUUAUAAAAACAUGUUGUUUUUCGAUGAUGAACAUCGUAAUAUUACUGAUAUUCGAUCGUUAGGAGUAACUUGCGUUUGGGUUGAAAACGGAGUGAAUAAAUCUCUCGUACAAUCGGGUUUAAAACGUUUUUACGGUUGA